AGUUUGUCGAUUAGUGUACACGGAAAUAGAAAGCAUGCGAAAUGUGAAAUGUCAAACUAAGUUAUUGUCAAAUUUCAUCAAACAAACAUUCCAGUUUACCACAAAGUAUUUUUCUUUAGGUAGAAUUAACUGUUCGUUAAUGGAGGGAAUCCAAGCUGGCAAGAAAGCUGCAGCCAUAGAGGCUGUCAACAACCAUAUAUCGGACAAUCAGGUGAUAGGAAUAGGGAGUGGAACCACCGUGGUUAGUGCUGUAGAAAGAAUAGCACAGAGAGCAAAAGAGGAAAAUUUGAAGCUUAUUUGUAUACCUACCUCUUUCCAGGCCAAACAGUUGAUUGUUGAUCAUGGAUUGGUUCUUGGCACUUUAGAGCAAUAUCCUAAGUUAGAUGCAGCUAUUGAUGGAGCAGAUGAAGUGGAUGCCAACUUGGUGUGUAUAAAGGGCGGAGGUGGAUGUCUAACUCAGGAGAAAAUUGUAGCUAACUGUGCGAAAUCCUUGAUCAUAAUUGCCGAUUCAAGAAAAAAUGUGGAAACUUUGGGAACAACUUGGAAACAGGGCAUUCCAUUAGAGGUGAUAGACAUUGCAUACAGACCUAUACAGCUGCAGAUUGUGGAGCUACUUGGUGGAUCAGCUCAGCUUAGAAUGGGCAAAAGUAAAAUGGGACCAGUUGUGACAGAUAAUGGAAACUUUAUAUUGGACUGGGUAUUUGAUAAACCUGGCAACUGGCAAGAAAUAAACACAAAGUUGAAAAUGAUACCAGGUGUGGUAGAGACAGGCUUGUUUGUAAACAUGGCCAAGAAAGCAUACUUUGGACAGCCAGACGGAUCUGUGUUGAUGAGGUAGGCAGUGAAGAAACCGGAAAAGUUGCUGCCAUACAGUGUUAAAUCACUUCUUUACUGUGUUCACAUAUAUUUUUGACAGUGUUUCUAUACACAUAAGCUAUAUGUAUUCAAGAUUUGCUCUUUUUUUUCAUAUCACAAAUCAAAUUCAUUGUAUAUUUUUUGACUGUGGAAAGUUUCUGAUACAUGUUUUGUGUGUAUUAAGUUUCUGAAAAGUAUUUUUUUGUGUAAAGUUUGUGAAAAAUAUUUUUUGGUAAAGUUUCUGAAAAAUAUUUUUUGUGUAAAGUUUGUAAAAAAUAUUUUUUGUGUUAACUUUCUGAUUAACAUUUUGUGAAAAGUUUCUGAAAAACAUUUGUUGUGUAAAGUUUUGUCUGAUGUUAAAGAAUAUUGUACAUAUUUCUAGUUUUGAUAUUUACUAAGACUGCAGGUAGCAGCAUUUAUUCCUUUGUACUUUAUGUGAAUUAGAAUUAUAAGGUACACAUUCUCUGUUAUUUUUAGAAAUCACCGGAAGAGGUGUCAGCUAAGGGUUCGAAAUAAAACAAAAAAGCACUGAAUAUUUUUUCACAAAUGCAUUGAUUUUACAGCAAGCAUUUUCAGUAUUACAUUGAAAGAAUAUUGAAAGAAUAUCACCCUGGUUAUAAUCUCUUUGUUAUCUGGUUUGUGCUGUGCUCGUACAUUAUUUAUGAAUGAGUAAACCAAAAUGAAUGGUUACUUGCCUGAUAAACUACAAUCCUAACAUAUAUAUGGUUUCGUAUAAAGUUGUUAAAACUUCGCACUGCCCAUUUAGCGUUGGACUAUUAAUCAGAUGACCUUGGUUAGAUUCCCAGACGGUGCUGGACAAUCUUCCUAAAACCAAUCAUACAAAAUCAGCUAGUUUCAACAUUGUUGCAUUAAUAUAUAAUAUCUUUUUUUUAAAACAAAAUUGACAUGCAUUUAUUGUUGUUAGUAUUACAAGUGUAUUUGUUAUUGUCUACAAUUCUUAAGAUGAAAUGAAAGACAAUUUGUAUGUAAAGAAUGUAUUUUUGGGACCAUCAGAUGUAUUUAGACAGAUAUUUGUGACACCAGAUACGUAUGAUAUUAAUUAAUAUGUUGUAAUAAACGUGUGCUAUAAAUCACAUAUUGCUUUCAAAAGCAUAGCAUUUAAAGGGACUGCACUGACAUUUUUGACAUGGCAAUGCUUAAAAUAAAUUUUCGAGAUUUAUAUGUACCAUUUCAUGAAGAUCUAGACCAAUAACUUGUUUGCAAAACUCAGAUCAUUCACUUUUUCCAGAAUAAUUAUUCUAAUUGUGAAAAAUGACCAAAAAUUGAAAAGUGUUGCAACGUUUUCACACAAAUCAGACUAAUAAUAGCACUAAAGUACAAUUUUCAAUAUAUUUCCGACUAUAUUUCGUAAUUAUUUUUUAAUCAUUUUCUGAUUUAAGUGUCCCAGAAUUUGAAAUUUUAUGAUUUAGGCCUUUGGACCUCAGUGGAGUUUCUUUAAGGUCACAUUUUGUAUGUGAAUUGCUGGCUAUAUUUAAUAGAGAUCAAAUAUAUUAUUUUAAAACAAGGACAUUUUUAUGUUAAUGAUAACAAGAUUGUGUAGACAUACAUGGCCCUCACCGCUGUUGGUUCGAAUCCAGACAGGGACUUUGGAUUCUUUCAUGUGAGGAAGCUAUCCAGCUAGCUUACGGAACGUCGGUGGUUCUACUCAGGUGCCCGUUUGUGCCUAAAAUAAUGGAAAGUAAAGCUGGAACGUCGCCAUAUGACCUAUAAUGCGUCUGUGUGACGUAAAACCCACUUAGACAAACAAACAAACAUACAUGCCAUAACGUCCCAGAUGACCGGGAAUGUCCCAGAAAUGAGGUGACUGUCCCGAGACGCCAUACUCUGUAGAUUUUAAUCCCUGACUGCUGGAAAUCAAAAGUGGUUAUUCUUUCCUUCUUGUAUUAAAUUUCAAUAUAAAAACCCUUACAUUCGGAAUGGAAUGUUAUAGAUUAAAAUUGGGGCAAUUAAAUUACACAAAUUCAGCAAGUUAUGUGUUAAAGCAUAUAACUUUACUGAUCUUCAACCACUUGCACUAUCUUAAACUGUGUGUUCAUGCUCCUCAAAAUAUAUUCCUGUAAUCAGUAUUGUACAGUUCAGUGUUAAAUAACCAGUAAUCAUAUUAUAUGUAUAUUAUAUUAUAACAAAAAUCUGCCUCUUAAUUAACCAGAACAAUAGAUGUGUAUGUUUAUAUUUUGUUGUGAUGUGAAAAUAUCUAAAUUAUAUAAAACUUGUGUUUAUUUAAAGAAUCUCAUGUUAAGAUUUUUCAACUUGACAAAACAGACUAUAGAGAAUAGAGAAACUUAUACAGUCCUUGUUUGAAUAGAUUGUAUGAUUCGAAAACAAGGUUCAAGGUCAAUCAGUUUAAUUCUGUAAACCAGAGGUUGCUGGUUUGAUCCUUAGAGAGGGUAUAAUUUCACUACAGUAACUAGAAUUGAUCUUGAACAUUGAAUCUAAUAGUCAUUUGUCAUGUGCAGUUAGAAGUCUGUCAUUUGUGGAGAGAUUGGUAAUUACUGUUUAGUUAUCCACAAAAGGAGAAAUUGGUAAUUACUGGUUAGUUAUCCAGAAAAGGAGAGAUUGAUAAUUACUGGAAGGAGAGAGUGGUAAUUACUGGUUAGUUAUCCAGAAAAGAAGAGAUUGGUAAUUACUGGUUAGUUAUCCAGAAAAGGAGAGAUUGGUAAUUACUGGUUAGUUAUCCAGAAAAAGAGAUUUGUAUUUACUGGUUAGUUAUCACGAUAAGGAGAUAUUGGUAAUUACUGGUUAGUCAUCCAGAAAAGGAGAGAUUGGUAUAUACUGGUUAGUUAUCCAGAAAAGGAGAGAUUGGUAAUUACUGGUAAGUUAUCCAGAAAAGGAGAUAUUGGUAUUUACUGGUUAGUUAUCCAGAAAAGGAGAGAUUGGUAUUUACUGGUUAGUUAUCCAGAUAAGGAGAUAUUGGUAAUUACUGGUUAGUUAUCCAGAAAAGGAGAGAUUGGUAAUUACUGGUUAGUUUUCCAGAAAAGGAGAGAUUGGUAUUUACUGGUUAUUAUCCAGAAAAGGAGAGAUCGGUUAUUACUGGUUAGUUAUCCAGAAAAGGAGAGAUUGGUAUUUACUGGUUAGUUAUCCAGAAAAGGAGAGAUUGGUAAUUACUGGUUAGUUAUCCAGAAAAGCCGGAUAGCUGCACAGACUGGUGAGGUAUUACAAAAAAUGUAUCAUAAUUUUUUUAAAUUAAUGAUAUAAAUGUAGUACAUGAUUAAUCCAUCUUGAAUAGAACAUUCUAAUUCUGAAGCGAAUUAAAUGUUAGAAGUUAUUCAUACCAGUAUAGAGUGACGUAAACAAUGAGGGUAUAUACGGAACUAAUUGAAAUUGCUACGCCUAUGGUGUUUAGAUUCUUCUUUUUUUUCUGAGAUCUGUUGUGUUAAAAGUUAGUUUGUUAGAUUUUUUGACUACCUCACAAACAUGUUUCUUAAAUGUUAGAUAGGGUGAAUUUGUUUUUAGAAAAUAGAUGUUUCUGUUUUGAUUUCAAGUUCAACCAGUUUGUAGAUUAUAGAAAUUUUAUUAAAACAGCUUGAUUGUAUAGUCAACAA